AUGGGAUGUGGAAUUUCUAGAGAAAAGUGUCCUGCAAAGUUUAAUAAAGGUGAUGAAAGUGAGACUUCUCUACGGAGUAUAAAUUUCAAUACACGAAUGCCGAGCAUCAAUAUAAAACCUCCAAUUUCAGAUCAAAAUUUAGAGUUUUUUGGCUUAAACAACCAUUAUGAGUACAACAUAAAAGGGACUAAUUAUCAAAUAAUAAUUAGCUGCAUGAAUUAA